ACCGGAACAAAACACACGCAGAAAAAGGAGCAGAGACGAGACGACGACGACCUCCACCGCACCGCGCUAGCUAGCUCCACUCCACUCGGCAAAGCUAAAGCGUAUCGAAAGCCGACCAUUAUAACCCACACAAAUUCCUCAUCGCAGAAAGAGGGAGGAGAAAGGGAGAGGAGUGGAGGAAGAAGAACAGUCGCGCGCGCAUAGCUAGCUAGAGAGCAAGGAGGUUGCAAGAAAAGCUCGAGCUUUUCUUGCGCGCGCCAUGGCGGCACGGUGGGCGGUGCUGCUGGUGAUGAUCGUGGUGUCCGGGGUGGUGGCGGACGACAGCGGCGAGAAGUGCACGGGGGAGUGCGGGAACCCGUGCGGCAUCCCGUGCACCUACUCCAGCCCGCCGCCGCCGGAGCCGGUGCUGCCCCCGCCCGUCGUCUACUCCCCGCCACCCGCCCCAGUCUACUCCCCGCCGCCACCGGUCGACUACCCGCCGCCCACGCCCACCGCCGACUGCCCCCCGCCGCCGUACGGUGGGUACACACCGACGCCCGGGUACACGCCCACGCCGUACACCCCCACUCCGUCCGGCGGUGGGUACAACCCGACGCCGUCUGGGGGUGGCGGUGGCUACAACCCCACGCCGUCCGGGUGGUUCACGCCGCCGAACAUGCCGUCGUACCUCACCCCGCCGGGCCCGCUCUACCCGCAGGACCCCGGCUUCCAUCCAAACGCCGCGCCGGCUUCCCCCGUGGCGUGGCGCGCGGCGUCCCUCCUGGCGGCGGCGGUGGCCGGCGCCAUCGCCUUGUGA